ACUCGCUUACUGGGAAACCGGAAGAGGAGGUUGCUGCUGCCGGCACUGCCCCCGCUAUGCAGAGGGAGGAGAAGCAGCUUGAGGCGUCGUUGGAUGCACUGCUGAGUCAAGUGGCUGACCUGAAGAACUCACUGGGGAGUUUCAUUUACAAGUUAGAGAACGAGUAUGACCGGCUGACCUGGCCCUCUGUCCUGGACAGCUUUGCCUUGCUCUCUGGACAACUGAACACUCUGAACAAGGUCUUGAAGCAUGAAAAGACACCAUUGUUCCGUAACCAGGUCAUCAUCCCUCUGGUGUUGUCCCCAGACCGUGAUGAAGAUCUCAUGCGGCAGACUGAAGGACGAGUACCUGUUUUCAGCCAUGAGGUGGUCCCUGACCAUCUGAGAACCAAGCCUGACCCUGAGGUCGAAGAACAAGAGAAGCAGCUGACAACAGAUGCUGCCCGCAUUGGUGCUGAUGUGGCUCAGAAGCAGAUCCAGAGCUUGAAUAAAAUGUGCUCAAACCUUCUGGAGAAAAUCAGCAAAGAGGAACGAGAGUCAGAGAGUGGAGGUCUCCGGCCAAACAAACAGACCUUUAACCCUGCAGACACCAAUGCCUUGGUGGCAGCUGUUGCCUUUGGAAAAGGAUUGUCUAAUUGGAGACCUUCAGGCAGCAGUGGACCUGGCCAACCAAGCCAGCCAGGAACUGGAACAAUCCUUUCAGGAACCUCAGGGUUACAGCAGGUGCAGAUAACAGGUGCUCCAAGCCAGCAGCAGUCAAUGCUCAGUGGGGUGCAAAUGGCUCAAGCAGGUCAACCAGGGAAAAUGCCAGGUGGGAUAAAAACCAACAUCAAGUCUGCUUCAAUGCAUCCCUACCAGCGGUGAGUGUGGCCGGCAACCUCCACAGCCAGGUGUUCUUUGCAGAGUUGGGCAGUGAAAUUGCCUUUUGCCCAAAGCUGACCUAGAUGAGCGCGAUGAGAGAAUAUGGGCUUUCAGCAACAGACAAAUCCCAGCUCCACCACUGACCAGCUGUAUGACCUUGCAAGUGGCCUAAUUUUUCUAAGCCUGUUUCCUUAUUUGUACAUAGUGAUAAUACCUACCUCAUAGGGUUGUUAUGAGGAUUAAAAUGAGAAAAUGAAUGUGAAACACUAAGCGCAGUGUAUGAAAUAAUUGGCAUUCAAUAAAUAACAGUUUCUAUAGCCACUUC